UAGAGGGGUUUUCCAGUGGCUGCACUGGUCCAGAGAGUGUGAUUGUCCCUGCAGGGCGCAUGAUGUCUUUCAUUAGUCUCAAUGCAGGGGGAGGGGAAGCGCAAGUGCAGAGGAGAAGAGAGGGGUUUUAACGAUCAACCAGGAGACACACAAAUAGCAUGCAAAUGGAGAAAAACGACAGAGGUGAGGAAGAGGAGGAAGAGCACAGGAGAGAGGCGGGUCGGUUGUUUAGUUUGUGUCCCGCUGGUAAGAAGUUCCGAAGCAAGCCUCAGCUGGUGCGUUACCUUGGCAACUCCAUGGACCUCAGCUCGUUCGAUUUCCGCACAGGCAAGAUGCUCAUGAGUAAACUGAACAAGAACAGACAGCGGCUUCGCUACGAUACUAACAGUCAAACAAAGGGAAAACCAGACCUGAAUACAUCUCUCCCAGUCCGACAGACAGCAUCUAUCUUCAAACAGCCCGUCACAAAAGUCACUAACCAUCCAAGCAACAAAGUCAAAACAGACCCACAGAAAGCUGUAGACCAGCCAAGACAGUUGUUUUGGGAGAAGAAGCUGAGUGGUCUUAAUGCUUAUGACAUUGCUGAGGAGUUGGUGAAAACCAUGGAUCUACCUAAAGGUCUACAGGGAGUAGGACCUGGCUGCACGGAUAAAACCUUGCUGUCUGCGAUUGCUAGCGCCUUGCACACCAGCUCUUCUCCCAUCACAGGCCAGCUGUCAGCAGCUGUGGAGAAGAACCCUGGAGUUUGGCUGAACACAGCCCAGCCGCUCUGCAAGGCUUUCAUUGUUACAGAUGAGGACAUCAGGAAACAGGAGGAGCUGGUGUACAACGUGCGGAAGCGUCUGGAGGAGGCUCUCAUGGCUGACAUGUUGGCUCAUGUAGAGGAGGCUUCAAGUGUGGAAGAGGCGAUUAAGGAUGAGGGAAAUUGCCAUGAUGACAAGGAGGAAGUAUAGCGAAGGGCAGCAAUGCAUGUGUGAAACUACCUGCAUACAGGCCUAUCAACUCAACCAUCUAACAAGGACCAGAACUCCUCGCUCCUUCAGAUCAGCUCAACUUCUUUACCAAGUUGCUUUAUUCCUGCUAUGAAGGACGGACACUAAUCUAAACCCACUGGUUGGGAUUUCUUUCCAGAACUGUCAGUUUGGAUUUUAGUCUUUGUUUGAGUUUAUUUCUGUUAGAUUUUAUUUCUGUUUUAUUUUUUAUGUGUAAAAGAACAAACUAUUUGGGAAUUCCAGAGCUGAAAGUGGCACUUCUAUGUGUUUGGGUUGUGUCUGGGGGAGUGUUGUGACAAUCGGGUCAAACUCAAAUCUGCCUGAUUAAUUAAGCAUGGGGAGCUUAUCUUAGCUGAUAACUAUUCCUUUAAAGAUGCAGGAUAGUGGGACGGUAAAAAUGGAUUGCAAUUAGUGUUGUACAAUAUAGAGCACUGUUGAAGGAACCACAUGGAACAUGUUAAUCUUGGAUGUUUGGUACGUUUAUUCUCCACAGUAAAAUUUUUGUACUAUGCUCGAAAUCACAUCCCUCAUAUUCCUAAAUUUUGGUCUCUCAAUGGUCGAAUAAUCUACAAAUUCAGUAUUGGUUACAGAGAUGAUGAUGAGUUCAGUAUGUAGUUAUUUUUAAUUGACUCAAGAAUGAAUCAUAUGUUGUAUCAUAAACUGCCACAAAGUUUUUGUACAUUUGUAAGCUUACAUUGGUGUAUUGACCUCAAUAAGUUCAUAAAUGUUUAUCUUUGGCACAAUAGUAUAGAAAUGAAACAAAUCGCACCACAGACCUUCAUUUGUGUUUCAUCAGUCUGCGGUGUUCAUUCAUAUGACUAAUGUCGGAUCAUUCGUUGUUCACAUUAUUCACAAUGUACUGGAUUUAAAUCUGAAUCCAAAUGUGAAUGCUGACUCUAUAUAGUACUGCAAAAAAAAUAAAAACAAUAAUUGUUUUUCUGAAUGAACGCACAUUGCUAAGUUGAAAUUA